AUGGCUUUUCCAGUUGUGGUAAUGGUGGAAGAACAGGACAAUUCAGUUCCCGUUUCGUUUUUGAACAAUAGUCGAGAAGCCGUACAAAUUGUUGAUUUGGAGCAAUUCCUUGGUGGCGACUUUCCAUCGUCUUGUGACUUGGACAGACUUACUGAACUGCGUGAAGAUGAGUCUUAUGAUGAUGCGCUUCCCUAUUUGGUGCCCAAUGAAGCUCUCUAUUCUCGCUAUUUGAAUGGUUCGCUUAGUUUCGAUGAACUCAUGCGUGAAAUGCAUCGCAAGGAAACCCCUGUGCGGGCUCCUAGAACGGCUGAUACCCAAAAGUACAAACCCGAGUCGGAUGAGGACAUUGACUCAUCUGAACAAAGUGAAACAUCUGAUCCGGAGUAUAUUCCACGUCAAAAGGUGUCCGGUUCUCGUCGAACUUAUACGACACGACGCAACAGCCUUCCCGUUGAACUUGCACAGUAUCUCGGUGAAGCAGAGCGCUGCCUUAACAAUGACCAGUUUGAGGAGGCUGAAAACAUUUGUCAGACAAUUAUUCGUUCAGCCCCUACAUCUUCCCAGCCAUACAUCGUGAUGGCAGAAGUGUACUAUCGAAAGGGAGACCAAGAGAAAUCCAAAGAGUUUCUCUUGGCGGCGGCAGAGCGCAACCCUGCGGACUCCAACCUUUGGAUGUCAUUGAUCGAGUUCGCAGAGGAAAAGAAUGAUUUAGCUUCCGCGAUGCACUACACAAAGCUCGCGGUACGAUAUGCUAAUCGGAACAGCUCUUUGCGCCAGAGGCUUAUUCAGUACUACGAAAAGGCCGGUCGCAGCAGGGAUGCCCUCUCUUUGAAGGUCACGGCCCUAUCCAGGACACCUGCAGCAACUGGGGAGGAGCAUUUCCGCAUGGCUAGGUCACUUGCCGAUGAAUUUUUCAAGCUGAUGGAUCGUGUGAACUCCAUUCGGGCUUAUGAAGCUGCCUUUGAACACUAUCCAAAUGAGGGCACAGAUUCUGAUAAGAACACCGUCUUAUCCAUGAUGCUACAGUUGGAAAAGUACGAUAGUGCACUCCGAUUCUUCCUUAAGUAUUGCGGAGUGUCAAUUGGAACAGUAUCCGGUAAACUGCUCCGAUGGGACCAACUAUCUGAACAACUAAAGCGCCCAAAUCGAUACACCGUGUGCAAAUGUCCAGACACAAUGUCACCAGAGCUUUACCUGAAAUUGCUCCUCGUCCUUAUUCGACUCAAACUGACCUGCAUUGCUACGCCUUUGGUCAGAUCUUUCGUCACCAACGAAAUUGCGGAACGAUUUCCCGACUGGCUCUUUGAUAUUGCUCAGUCAUACAGACUUAUUGGCCUGCACUCUGCAGCCGGCGAGUUGCUUCUUAAAAUGUCCUCCCUAGACGCGACUAAAGACCUUCCUCGUGUUUGGACAAUGCUGGCUGAAGUCCAAGUCGAACAGGGCAUGGUUGAUGCUGCAAUCCGUGCGUAUCGACACGUUGUGGAUACCCUGGACCCUAGACACACGGAAGCCCGCCUCGCCCUUGGAGGCCUGCUUCAACGUAUCGGUCGGCAGCAAGAAGCGUUGGAUUUGCUCAAACCGUCUAACGUUGUUAAAUCAUCGUCUUUGAAAGAACCGAGCAAGAAGCCUCGUUCUACCAGAACAACAAGGCGAUCCUUACGUCAGUUAUCGACACAUGCUGAUUCCAAAGACGAUAAAACUCCACGCGAAACAACUUACUUCGAUUCCUCUCAACUUGACGACACCGCGGACGGCCCGACUGUCGUAGACACGGAUCUUUGCGACAAUGAUGCAGACAGCAUCUCUUCCGAUUUUACUGACCGUGCAUCUACGGGUACAAACGAUGAUGAGGACCAGGCGGAAGUGGAUGAUAAGUGGUUGGAGUCUUCUGAUGCUGUGUCGGAUGCUGCGCUCUUGUCCAGUGAUCCUGUGGCGUACAAGCUUGCCUUUGAGCGGUGUCGCAUGUUAGAUCAUCCUUCAUCACUGAACGCUUUCGUUGAUGAAGCAUGGAAUGUUUUGUUCACCGAUGUUGAGCGUUUGUGUGGACCUGACUGGAUUAAGCUCUCUGCUUUCCUGGAAAGCACAAGGCUCCGGGUGCGGCUGAUGCUUCGCCUCGGAACCAACCAACGGACCACGGGCACUAUGCUCGAAAGGGGGCAGAAUCUGAAAGAUCGUAAUGUGACCGGUUUGGAUAUCUGGACCAUGUUUUUGCGUUUGAUCGAUGUUCUGCGGGCUAAUUUGCCGCACACUUUGGCUCAUCUAGAAUCUGCCGCAACGUGGGGCUCUUUGUUGCCGGCCAUUUUCAACAACGAGGGUCGUAAGGUGGCCGCAGGAAAUUUACUCAUCAGUUCGUGUAUCAUCGGACGUCAUGGCACUUCGGCAUUCAUCAAGCUGAAAGAUAUGCACAGGCAGUGGUCGCACUGCAAUCAGUACUGGAACCUGCUCAAUAUAGCUAUCAACUUAUCGCGCGAUUUCAAGCAUUAUCGCUACCUUGAUCGCUUGGCAACCGUGGCCAACGCCAGCCUACCCAUGGGAAUAAUGUCGAACAACGAUUGUAUUGUGCGUGGAUCUUACCGGUUCGCAAUUGGUAAGACUACUUUUUUCUGA